CAGUAUACCAAAAGAAGCAUGUAUGAACUCAUGGUAAGAUAAAUCCUGUAAAGGAGAGUGCCUGAACAGCCAAGACGUGUCCACUCAUCAACUGGUUCCAAACUAGAGGCUGGAAACUCUGACAACCUUGGUUUUCGUGGCCAAGAGGUGCGGGCUCACACACCUGAGUAUGUCUAUCUUCUUCGUCUUCGCUCUUUUUCCAGCAAUUAGUGAAUGAAAAUGUUUGGCAUUCUGAUGAUUCCCCUGCAUCGUGGUCAGUGUCCCUCUCUGCACUUGUCUCUUACACAACUAGCCAUACUGGUGUCCUGUCUUUCCACUGCUGGUGUUUUAACUCAAGAUAGCAAGAUUACUUGCAAUGCAACUUCAGUGAAGCCUCUUGAGGAUGCUGUGAUGACCUGUCACUUCCCAGAAGACCUUUCUGUCUCCAAGAAAGACUUUACGGUCUACCAUUACGACAAAAGUGAAAGUCCAGAAGCUGUUAUUGACUGCUGGUGGCUAAAGGGCAAACUGGACUGCUAUGCCCCCUCUUCUAUCGAGUACAACAAGACAGUGGGGACUGACCUGACUCUAGUAUUCAAACACCUGACCACAGCGCUGACCGGCAGGUACACCUGUCAAGUCGCUGGCUACCGAUCAGAUGCUAUGGAACCCUGCGAGAUUCAAUUCCAGUUUGAGAAGGAGAAUCUGUGCAAAGUUGACUACAAGAAUUCCGAAUCAAAAGCCGUGUUGACUUGUUUGUUUAACGAAGACCUCGCCAAUACAAGAAGAAACUUCACAGUUUACAAACACAACGGGCAAGAUAAGGAAAUUGUGGUUGAGUGCUCAUGGAUGGACGGACAAACAAAAUGUAGAGUUCAAAAUGGCUACCAGUACAACAACCAGGUAUCCUCUUAUCUUUUUCUGGAGAUAACAGAGUUGACGAAAUUGAAAGAAGAAAACUACUCCUGUUGGCAUUCAAACUCUGAAUCUCUGCAACAGAAAACGUGCUCAUUAUACUCCACAGAUAAAGAACGGGUCGAACCUACCAUCAAUACUUUAGCAAUUGGCUUGUCCCUGGGAUUGCUGAUGUCUGUUAUCCUUGUAGCUUGUUGGAUAAUACUGAGAAAUAAAAGAAGGAUUCAAAGAAUGAUUUUUAGGCGAAAAUCAAGUCUUCCACGAGGACACGAGGAAGAAGGCACACGGAUACUUGAUCGCAAAGAAACCACAAGGAUAUUUCAAGAGUAUCUGGAGGAACAGGUCAAAAGAAUGUAUCCGGAUAUGCUUGAGUCUCACCAUUUCGUGCCUUCAGUCUACUUCAACAAGAUUCGCUACAAACCACAGUCAGUGGCCGGUGAAGUCGCUUACGUCCCUCACCCUUGUGACCCGAGUGAUGUCCAGCAUGACCGAGCCAUGCAGCACGUCCUGCACUGCUUGCAUUACAUGGCAGAGAAAGAAAAUGAAAGAAUGUUUGUCUUGACACAGUUCCAGUACGACAACUACCUUAACAACCCAGGAAAUAAAUAUGAACAACAUAGUCUGCCUGUGCCCUCUGGUCUUAAAAAUGUGGAAAAACAAGUCGGGUGCUUUGACCUGCUCAUCGUGCAUCGAGUACACGGGGUACUAGCUGGAGUAGUGAAAAGUGUUGGAAACAUGGAAAAUCAAGAGGAUGAAGAAACAACUGAUGAACGAAUUGCUUCACAAGUGACUGAAGCUGUAAAACAACUCAGAAAGGCAGAAAAAAUGUUAAAACAUCUCAUGCAAGAUGUCUGCUCGUUGACCAAAGUUGGCCUGACCUUGAUACUACCCAAUCUGACCCGCUCGUCACUUCAACAUUUCAUAGAAGGGCAUAAGGACCUAGAGGAGAGCCUACGCGGAUGUCUAGGAGAAGAUCCCAUUAAACUUUCUUUGUGUUCCGACGACCUGUCAGACCCCAGAAAGCCUUGGGAAGUCAACAAUGAUGUAAGCAGCAAUAUUUUUGAUAGCUGGAAGUGGACACUUCAUCGUACUCAAGACAAUGACAGAAUGAAUGAUGCUCUGUACCUCAAAGUAAUAUCCAGGUUUUUUGGACCAGCGACUCAGUCAACUUUGCAGGUUCCAGGGGAAUAUGAACAUUUCGUCUUACCCAAGACUCUGUCUCAAGCUAUCUCAUUGACUGGAGAUUUGUACGGCCACCUGGUGUUGCCCGCAGACACAACUGAGCUUUUGCAGCAACAAAAGUUAUUUUUUGCUGGACCACCAAACAGCGGAAAAACUGCUAUGUUGACUCUUGCUGGAUGCCAGUGGCUGUCACAGGGUCAUGAUGUUUACAUUGUUAGCGAUAUCUCAUCGAAAUGUCACCCCGUUCUUGCAAAUCAGAUAAAAUCAUUUAAAGAAUCGCAAGAAAAAGAGAAAGAAACCAUUGAAUCAACAUUUGGCUGCACUCGUGACUUUCAAUGUGAUUUUUCGUCUGACAAGUCUGUGAAUCAAAGCAUCCAGACCAUAGUUAGUGAAACAAAGGGAAAACGUCUAUGCGUUUUACUUGAUGGCGUGCAUCUGGAUAGUAAACGUGUCCAAAAAUUCUGCGAAGCUCUGAAUGAACAAGUUUCAGACCUUUAUUUGUGGGUCACAUGGACUAGUAAAGAAAACCUGAGUGCAGGUUACACAUUGAUUUUGACAACAGUUCGUUCUUGUCCUCCCGCUGUGCUUAGAGAAGUAAAAGAAGCGGAGAUACUCUUAGACAUGUAUGAAAAUCUUCAUCAAUACCCUACCGAUGGUCCAACAGUCAAGCACUUUUCUUUGAAACGGGACAUGAAAUCUGGACAAGUUUUAUCAAAUGAUUGUAUAGAAUGUGGGAAAGAGGUUGGACAGUUUCUAACCAAACUACUUAUCACCGGAACCGAUGAUUGCAACAUGACAACAAUCAGGAAUGAAUUAACAAGUGAAGAAGUCACGAUGGAAACAUUUCAAAAAGCAACACCAUCCUGGACAGGAGGAUCCCCUCUGCAGCUGGACGAUAUUCUGAUUUUAUUUGAAUUUAGUGAUAGUAUGCCUUUCAAAAAGCCAGAUGUCGAAGAUGAUCACAGCUUUUUGAAAGGUCUGAGAGAGGCAGGUGUUGCAGUGCGCGUUGUCAGCACCGAUGGAAACAAAGUCGUUGCUAUGGACGACAGCAACACGGCGUGGGCGAUGCACAUUCGUCACAUGGAGACACUGAGAGUCAGAAGAAAAAUUAUUGUGUACCUGGAAACAGGUACUGAUGUAAAAGAUGUCGAGACUAAGCAACGAGCUCUUAAAAGCUGCACAUCUCAGUUGGUCUUGGUUCAUUCCAAACAAGUAUAGCGCGAAGAUUUUUGUUUUCUCGUUUGUUUUGAAUUUAUUAGUUAGGUAUAAUGAAGGCCACUAUAAUGUUGCGUUAAUGUUUAAAGAGUUAAAACUUUGUUUUACUAGUUUUCAGAUUCACUUAUAGAUGAAAAACUCUGCAUUUAUUUUGUAAGGUUGAAUUAAACAGAGCUGGAGACGUUUUGCUUAUAGAGCCUGAUGUCUAGAACCUGUCUGUCGGUCAACAAAGAAGAGAGCAUACACAGCAAUUUGUGGAUUUGCUACUAUAAAUAUUAAUUACUCUCAACUUGAUAAUGGUAUUUUACUUGAAGAUUAGUAAAGGCAAGUGAACAGACUAAAGAGUGAUGUCCUUCCCCUGCCUGGAUUGUGGGAGUACUUUCCUGUUCUUUUUCAUUUUUUCAUGCAAUGUCCCUAGAUUUUGGCCGUGUUUUGAUUUCUGCUGAAUAUUGCUGAUCUGUGCUUUUAGUUGUAUUCUCCUGACACCUUUCUGAACUGUUAUCCUGAGUCUGUAACCCGUUUUUGUCGGCAUUAUCGUUUAACAGUCUCAAACGCCGUAUCAGUGACAUCUUAACUUCAUUUGCAGGAUUAACAAACAAUAAACUAACAUGGUACACAACUAGAGUGGUACAAAUUUACUACCUUCAGUUCAGUUUUGUUUGCUAUACAGUCUAUUUUUCUCGCAAUAUUUUAUCCGCCUAUUUAGAUUGAGGAUGAAAGGGAGCUAGGUGAACUGUUGAGGAUAUCGCCUUUCGGACUGUAUGUAUGACAACUGCUCAUACCUUUCAUUAACCUUUUCUAUUAACUAGCGCAGGCCUACGGUAUAUUUGUAACAGACUGUGGUUUAUUUAUUUCAUUUUUAACAAAGCCGUU